AGCUUAUAUGGGAUGUACAUUUAUUUGAUCACAUAAAUAGGUUGCCACGUUUGAAUCCCAUGUUCGCCUAUUUUGAGGAGAAAGAGCGCUUUUAUUUUGGCAGGCCUCAGCGGAAAGCCGUAUCUUCUCUCAACCAGCUUGACUGUACCACCUCCUGGCAGAAAGCUGCAGAGCAGCUACGAUGUUGUCAGUUGUGAUCAAUCUGGAGCUAAAAUAACCGAAAGACGAGACGAGGCUGCGGUUCAUCCUGACGGACUCUAUACUGAAAACAAACGGGUCGGCUGCGGGUUGGAUUCCCGGGGGCUGCCGCGCUACGGUUUGGCUCCGCCAGCACCGGACAGGGCGGGGUGAUGUUUAGGUUCCGGUAUAAAGUCGGCACUAAAAUGGGAACCAGGCGAGGCGAAGAGCCGGCUGACGACGCGGAGCUUUUAUCCCGAAGACAAGAAUGAGAAGUUCGCGGUGCUGGUCGGGUAGAGUGGCGGUGUAACCGUCUCUUUUGGGCCCUGGUCGGAGUGAAGCGUGUCUCUGCGGAGCCCCCUCCCCGCCCCUGUCCGCCAGUGCGAUGAGGACGCUUUUUACUCUCUGUUUGUUCCUGAUCAGCGGAGUGGACCGAGCCUGGGCCACCGGGAACUUGACCGUGGACAGCACCACGGACACCAACACCGGGUAUAUCACGAUCGGGGACGGAUUGUCGCAGGAAUUUGAGUUUCCGGAAAACACGGAAGGAGUGAUCGUGAUCUCCACUCGAUACCGGGGCUCCACGAACAGCUGGAAGGAGACUGUGAGGGUUCGCUCUCUGGACCCAGAGGUACUUUCCAUCCUGAAUGUGACGGACGGCGGCCAAGCAGGACCCGCCGGCAGCUUCAUCAUUAGCAUCCGUUCCGGGUUCCCGGGUACGGCUCCGCUGCAGAUCCAGCUGCUGGACCUGGACCAGGAAUCGGUCCCGGUUCUGAUCGAAGAGAGGACGGAUUACUCCAUCAGAGUAGAGCCCGGUGAGGACAACCAGGCAACCCGGCUGCUCCAGUCCGGGGGCCUGUCCCACUUCACAGAGAACCCGGUACUGUUCGCAUUGCUCCCCCUCAUCUUCGUCAACAAGUGUGCCUUUGGGUGUAAGGUGGAGGUAGAGGUGCUGCGGGGUCUGCUAAGGAGCCCUGUGCCCCUGCUGCUGGGGGUUCUGGCCCAGUUCUUGGUGAUGCCGCUGUAUGCCUACUGUGUGUCCCGGCUGCUCUCAAUGCCCAAAGCGCUCUCCCUCGGCCUGGUCAUCACCUGCUCUGCCCCAGGUGGUGGGGGUGGGUACCUGUACAGCCUGCUGCUGGGAGGAGAUGUCACCCUGGCCAUCUCCAUGACACUGGUCUCCACAGUGGUGGCCACAGCAGCCAUGCCUCUGUCCUCAGCUAUGUAUGGCCGGCUACUGGGCGUGCACGCUGCCCUCCAUGUUCCCUUUGUAAAAAUCUUGGGUACCCUCUUGUUUAUUGCUAUUCCCAUCUCCCUGGGCAUGCUGAUCAAGCUUCGCCUGCCGGCCCUUACUCGUGUCCUGUUGGUGCUCAUCCGACCCUUCAGCCUUGUGCUCAUGAUCGGUGGCAUCUUUAUGGCCUACCAAAUGGGUGCGUCCAUCCUGGCCAACGUCCAGCCCCAGAUUGUGGCAGUUGGGGUUACGGUGCCUUUGCUGGGCCUCUUGGUUGGAGCCAUCUUGGCCAGAAUAGCAGGCCUGGCUCUACCACAGCAGAAAACCGUGAGCAUCGAGGUGGGCGUCCAGAACAGCUUGCUGGCUCUGGCUGUGAUGCAACUGUCCUUCCGGCGGAUGGAAGCGGACUUUGCAUCCCAGGCUCCCUUCAUCGUGGCACUCGGCAGCACCUCGGAGAUGCUGCUCAUCGUCCUGGGAUACUUUGUCCAGCGGAGGCUGUGCGGCUCUAUCGUCCUCAGGAGUGACGCCUGAUUGUAGCUGCAGAAAUGUUCUGAGGAAUGAACCUUUUGAAACUUGUGGACAUUUGUAUUGCCUUGAAGGUGCCCAACAGUUUCCAGUCCAGUCAUCACUGUUGUUGUACAAUGGACAGUGAAUGAACUUAUUUUAAUGUCAUUUUUUUGUUUUGUUAUGAAAACCAAAGGCCUUUUACCCACCUGAACAUUUUUAUGUUUUGUUUCUUUUUCAGAUUAUACUGUGAGGUACUUCGUAUAAAUAUUCAUAAAAAGAGAAAAAUCUAUGACAGAAGAUAUUUUUCUACCAGACUACUUUUUGUAACCUUUAAAAUCAAAGACUGAAAAUGUAUCAUGUUUACAAGUGAUCUACGUGUCUUAGCCUGCGAGGGAAACAUUGUUGCUUCAAGAGGAAGAUCUCAGAAUCUGCAGUACAAGGAACAUGAUGAAGUAAUUAUUUCUUUCAGAAGGUAUUUGCCACUGAUUGUGUCCUGGAUCUCUUAACAUCCAUGUACUUGAAUAUUUGAAAAUCAAAAAAAUAAGAAAAAAAGCCAAUAAAAGUCCAUGUGAGAGCUUAAAUUUGCCAGGAGUUUGUUUUAUAGAAAACAAAAAUGUUUUCUUGUUGCAGACCUGUGGCCAGGCUGUAUUUAAUACCCAAUCAAUGUGAUAGUUAACUUUUACUUCUGCACACGCCUGAUAAAACAUUCAACGGUUCAGCAUGAUUCACCAGUAACCAUUUCUCUUCUGCCCAUGACUAAACUGAACUUAUUAUACAAGGGGGAGAAGGCUUUUCUUAUCAUUUUAGAACUUGACAAGUUACAGUCUUGUUAAAUUGUUCACACCCCUGAACCUUUCCACUUUUGUCUUGCUCUAACCACAAACUUUACUGUACUCUAUUAGGAUUUUAUGUGACAGACCAACACAAAAGGUACCGAACUGAAAAGUGGGUAAUGUAUUUUAACAUGCUUUACAAAUAAAAAUCUGAAAAAUUA